UCUUGUGUUUGGUGGUCUUCUACGGUUUAGUGAUGCGUCCCUCGGCGGCCUCUUGCUUUUGGGCCCCUGGUCACCUCCCUUCUUCUCGAGCUUCGCAUCCAUCUCUCUCCGUUUCACACUAUCACGCCCUCCAUGUACCCUCCGGCUGACGCUGUUCUAGAUGCUCUGGAGAUUGCCAUUGAAGGGGAGGAUGCUGUUGAAGGGGAGUAUGUAGUUGUCUGGGUGAGUAGCGGCGAUGACGACAGCAGCAGUAGCAGUAGUGAUGAUGCAGAACUGGAGCCUUUGGUCGAAGCUCUCCAGGCCCUGCUGGAAUAUGGCACAGAUGGAUCAGAUGAUGACCAAAAUUAGCUCUUGAUUAGACCUCCUGGCGAGCAGUUUUUUUUAGUUUUUGAGAGUAACUUUUCUGGUUCAGUUUGUUGUGUGGAUUUCUUGUCAGGCUUCUAGACUUGGGUUGGUCUUGAUCUUGUUGCUGGAUGAUUGUUUUGACAUCAGUUUGUGUUCUUUUUCUAAUGUUUGGCGUGACUGGUUUCUGGCUGUCUUUGAGAAUGGUGGAUGAUGGAUGUUGUUUGGACUUUAAGUGGUUCUGGCCUUAUUGAUUAAUGGAUAUUGCUUAUAUGUUUGGUCGAGAGAAGGUAUGUUCUUUUUGCAGGCAAUUGGCAAUCUCUGAUUUAAGGAGAGAUUGUAGAACCAAGUUACCAAAUCAUAAUUGCAUCUAAGAAGGUAAGUCGACAGCCAGAGACAGCUCAGAGCUUCCAUUUGUAUCCUGCGUUCGAAUUCAAGCACAACGGUCAAUUAUGGGUGGAUGGCUAUAUAUACUCGAGCUCUUCUUCAAAGCUCGAUACCUUUUGUCAAGGGUGGUAGAGGGCUACUGAAAAUCUGGAUUAAUCAACAGAGGAAGAGGUUCUGCUUGAUUAACGGUGUAACGGGUCUGGGACUGGGAUCUGGGUUAAAUACUCUUGUUGUUUUUCUUUUGAGUCUUUGUUGGUUCAUAUCGCUUGAUAGGAAAAAUCAAAUAAAAAGAGUCUCCUAGACUUCACUGAAGUACCGAGUCUAGGACGAGGAGUGACCAGUAGAUUGGGAACUUCGUUAAACUUGGUUGUGUUCUUUCGAUUCUCUGUUGGUCCCUUCUUUCCUCACUUUUGAUUCUUCCUCUGGUUUGCACUUGUCCCCUUCUUCAGAAACUCUGCUUCUCAAGGAAGAAGACGAGUCUCAGAGUGAAGUGAGCGGGCUUAAAUCUUGGGCUAAGGAAAUCAGUGGGGCCGAUUUGUGUUACUUAGUGGGCCGCCAAUAUAUCACUCAAGCCUAGUCCUUAAUCCGAUCUGUACUCCCUGAAGACAGAUCGUGUAUCUAUCUUCUCUUCGCAAAAUCUUCAUUUCCAUUUCGCCUCUUCUUCUUCUUCCUGUAGAACCCUAGUUUUUCUUCUCUCUUUUGCGAUUUCAGAUUUUUCAGUUGAGAUUUUUGCAUCAAGGGAAAGGCAUAUAUGUGUUCAGAAAAUAUCGAAAUCCAGGGAUUUGCCUUUUGGAUUAGGUGAUUGCAAUUUUCUCUUCCUUUAAUUGUCAUCUUCUGCAAAAAAUGGGACCUAACUAUACCUGUAAUGUUUCUCCUCAGGCUGCUAUCCGACUUAGAACCUGGGUAUAUGGCGAGAGUACUAAUGAGUAAGCCUUGAUCUGACAUUAACUUUGCUUCCAAGCUAAGUGAAGAGCUUUACUUCAACACAUCCAUCUGAUCCCUCCUCUGUGUCUGCACAUGGAAUGUUUGUUUUUGCUUAUAUUCUGAACUCAAGGGAGAGAGGCAGACGAAUGAAAGGUGGUGAGUGGUUUAGUGACUUUCAUUGUUGUAGUGCUCGCAUUAGUUUUGUGCAUUAUCCUUUUUUUUGGUUGUAAUAUGUUUAUGUUGUCGAUCAACAAGCCUAUUUGGUACUCACUACAAUGGUUCACAUACCGAAAGAAAAAUAGAUGGACACAUUGAUUGAAUUGUAUGUUGUUUAUACUUUUUAACAACACUAUAAAGUGCAAUUAGGAAAUUCGUAUUCGUAUGUAUAAUUGUUGCUCUUUUUUUUCUGUUAAAUUCAUAUUCAUAUUGAAUCACUCAUUCAUCUCAAUCAUGGUACCUCAAUACGUCAACCAUGGCAAAUGGAAUUGUAAAAACUUAAUUGUCACACCCAUCCCGGCGUAGAGAGCGGGUAAUAAAAGCCUAGUAUAGAUUAAAAAGUCAUAUUUGCUAUACCUAACCAUAUACCAUAUACCCUAAAUCCUAAACCAUAUACCCUAAUACCCUAACAAUAUAUCAUUAUGAGUUACGAUUUUGCUACUAUAGUAAAUUUAAAGUGAAAUUCAGGCUUUGAUUUUCAAAAAAUAGAUUAAAAAGGGAUAUUUGCUAUACCCUAAACCAUAUAUACCUUAUACCCUAAUCACCUACCUUAUACUCUAACCAUAUAGCAUUACGAGUUAUGAUUUGCCAAUAUUGUUCAUUUAAUCUUUAUCACACUUUGAUUUUCAAAACAUAGAUUAAAAAUUGAUCUUUGCUAUACCCUAAACAUAUACCAUAAACCAUAUACCUUAUACCAUAACCACUUAACUUAUACUCUAACCAUAAACCAUAUAGCCUUAUGAGUUAUGAUUUGCUACUAUAGUUCAUUUAGACUGAAAUUCAGACUUUGAUUUUCAAAACAUAGAUUAAAAAGAGAUCUUUGCUAUACCCUAAACAUAUACUCUCAAACAUGGUUUUGACUUUUGUCUAAGUUUAGAAGGUUUUUUAUUAAGCAUAUGAUAUCUAUAAGUGAUUAAGUAUAUGAUUUAUAAUGUAAAAUAACAUGUAUUUGUGAUAAUUCGAGUGAUAUUAUAUUAAAGAAGAGAUAACUUGUUACAAAUUUUCAAAUAUAAUAUAGUCAAAUAGUCAUUACAUAUAAGAGCAUAAUAUAGUUAAUUAGUCAUGCCCUACAUAUAAAAAUUAAAGAUCAUAUUUGAAAGACUAAAAUUUUGAAAACCCAAAAAGUUAAAAACACUGAAUUUGUUUCCUUCUUUCUUAAAACAAAAAAAGAACUAAAACUCCUUCUUUCUCCUUCCAUAAAUUAGAAACACUCAAUUUUCCUUCCUCUUUCUCUAUCAUAAAAUUGAAAAAACUAAAUUUUACUCUUCCUUUCUUUCUCAAAAAGGUGAAAACACAAUAUUUCCCUCCUUAUUUCCUUUUUCGUAAUCAAAAGAAUCAAACUUUACCACUUUUUUUCUCUUCCCACAAAUCAAAACCACCAAAUUUUCCCCUUGUUUCUUUUCUUAAGAAUUCAAAGCACCAAAUUUCUCUCUUCAUUCUCUUCCCAAAAAAGUUGAAAACACCAAAAUUUCACUCCUCUUUUAAAAUCAUAAAUUAUCAAAUAAAUUACUUUACUCUAUUUAUAUUUAAUUGAUAACUUUGUUGAAUAUUUAAAUUAAACAAAAUUUUAAUUUAUAUAUAAUAUAUUAAUAUUGUCCAUUAUAUCAAUUAUUAUCUUCAAUGUCAAUAUUGAUAUUGUGUUGAUUUUAUAUUUCGUAUUUAAUUUUUUAAUUUUGUUAAAGAACUAAUUGUUCAAGCGACCUUCAUGUUGCAAUUGCUGAAAUUUUAUUAAAAUGCAUAAUAUCAAGUGAGUUUCAUGUUUUAAAUUCCCUAUACAAAUUGAAAAAAUAAAAUUAUCUAUGUUCAGAAUGAAAAACUUCAUUUUGAAAACUUAUGUAUUAUAUAAUAUAAUAAUUAUUCUGGUGGAUUGGGUGGGGUUCGGGUUAGACUGUCGGGUCACGGGUUAGUCGGGUUCGGAUCAAUUGGGUUUGGGUUAAUCGGGGUGCUGGUUAAUCGGGUUGCGGGUUAGUCGGGUUGCGGGUCGAGUGGGUUAUGGGUUGUUGACUUUUAGUCAAUUUGGGUUGCAGGCCGGGUUGAUUAGGCGGGUUAGUCGGGUCGGGUUAUGUUUUGACACCUAUAGCUGCGAUCUUGGCCUUGUCUGCUUCUUCUCCUUGUUUCUACGCAUUCUUGCCCAUUUUCUCCCCAUCUUUGCUCGCAAUGUCAAAGCUUUUAACCUACGCAGGGAAGUUAGAGCUAGUUGUAUCAAUCUUGGCUAGUAUGACCCAGUACUGGAUGAGCGUCAUACUGCUGCCAAAGAAGGUUAUAACAGAAAUUGAAAAGCUCUGUUCCCAAAUCCUUUGGAAUGACCUUGAGAAGAAGAACGCUAGGGUUCAGUGGAGGACAGUUGCACUGCCUCGUGCAGAAGGGGGUAUGGGGUUUAAGGAUUUGCAUUCUUAGAACAAAGCCUGCUUUGCUAGGCAUCUUUGGAGGAUACUUUCUAAUAAGGAAAUACUCUGGAUUGCUUGGGUAAAGGAAUAUAGACUCCGUAAUCUGAGCAUUUGGGAGGUUAAAACAAAAGGUUCGUGGGUAUGGAAUAAUAUCCUAAAGUUGCGAGAUAUCUUUGUAGGGAAGUUAUGUAAAACAUAUAGGGGAGUACAAUGUGAGGGAGAUCUGAUGCCUCGGUUCCAGACCAGCAAAAUCUGGCAGAGUAUCAGACCUAGAGGUGCUCCUGUGGGGUGGUCCAAGCUGGUUUGGAAGAAAGGAAUUCCACGGAAUUUAGUUAUCACCUAGCUGAUUUUACUAGGGAAGAUCACCACCCUGGAUAAGAUUCUUCGUUGGAACCCAGAAAUUUGUGUCACCUGCCCGCUGUGUCAGCAGUUGCCUGAGUUAGGUGACCAUAUUUUCUUUCAAUGUGAGUAUGUGCAGGAUGUGUGGAGAUCUUUUUUCCAGCUGCUUGGCGGGUUCCGUUACCUGCUACUUUGCACCAGGCUGUUGUGUUUGCAACUCAGAAGCUUCAGCAGAGUUUAGCUGGGAGAAUACUCUAGUGUCUGGUGUUAAGAGAGAUAUGGCGGGAGAGAUGUCGCCAGUUGUAUGGAGGUAAGCAAAUGUCAGUUGCAGGUUUGGUUGCUAGGAUGCAAGAAGUCAUAAGGAUAAAGGCUGUUGGGGAUCCAAAACUUGUAGAGUCUAUGAGUGCUCAGCGCUUGCGGUAGGAAGGACGAGAGCUGAGUAUGUAGUAUAAAGCGUGGCAGAAGGUAGUAGUAGGUCUAAAUAUCUUGUAUUGGGUUUAUAUCUUGUACUGGGUUUCUCUCUAAAGUCUGUACAGUGAACCAUUGUCUUCAGAUUGUACAAAUUGUAUUGAUGAAAUAAAGCCACCCAUUAUAAAAAAAUGUCAAAUGCCUCCCGAAAUAGUGUCAUGAACGAAAUGGGCAUGCAAAUGACAUUUGUUAAAACAAUUGAUUUAUCAUGUUAACACAAUUUUACCUAAUAAAUGCAAGGUGAAUAACACCAUUUCGGUGUUAUCAACUGAUUACUGAAAUCACGAGCAAUACUCGAAAUUGACUCAUCAAUCCGAAACUCUUUACAAAAUUUGUUGAGAAAGCAAUGUUUUAUCGCUCAAAAUUAAAAUAAAAUUAACAUGUGCUAAUGAUUGGAGUCGACGUUAGCAUAACCAAACUAUUAAUGAGAAUGACGUUUGUUAGGGAUGGCAACAAUAUCCGCGAUUAUGGAUAUGUGCUUGGUCUGACCUAAUUAGGUUUGAUAAAACCCGAACCCGAAGGAUUUUCAGUGCGCAUGUGUAUAACCCAAUACGGGUAAUGGGCGGACAUGUAUUUCUCAUGAUCCAACCUGAACCCACUACAAGAAAAAUUGGUUUCAGCAACAAUAUUCUUAGCAACCAUAAGGAAAUGGUUGCUGAUAACUGGACUUUUGGCCACCAUUUACAAAAUGGUUGGUGAUGCCCAACCUUUGAGCAACCAUCAUAAAAUAAUUGCAAUAGACUAGGACUCAUGCAACCAUUUGCACAAUGGUUGCUAAUACCUAGCUCUUCAACAACCAUUUGUUAAAUGUUUGCCAGAAAAUCAAUACAUCACCAACUAUUAUCAAAAUGGUUGCUGAUACUUGAUGUUUGAGCAACCAUUACUUAAAUAGUUGUCUAUUGAGCAAAGUUUGAGCAACGAUUUGUAAAAUGGUUGUCGAAAAGUCAAUACUUUAUCAACCGUUAUAUAAAUAGUUGCUCAAGCUUGUUGUUUGAGCAACUAUUAUUUAAAUGGUUGCUGAUUGAGCAAAGUUUGAGCAACUAUUUGAAGAAUGGUUGUCAAAUGUCAAUGCUUCACCAACCAUUAUAAAAAUAGUUGUUAAUAAUUGAUUUUUGCGAAACGAUUACUGAAAUGGUUGCCGAUUAAGCAAAGUUUGACCAACGAUUUGAAAGAUGGUUGCCGAAAAGUAAAUACUUCAUCAACCAUUGUCAACAUAGUUGGUGAUACUUAAUGAUACUUCAUCAAGAACAUUUUCUUUUCGUUGAAAAAAAAGAGAGAAUAUUUUAGUAAAUAUAUUAGAAUAUUUUUAUUAAUUAUCAUUAUAAUAAAUCAUUAUGUAUUCAUUCUAUAAUAUUUUUAAGGACGGUUUUAAAACUAAAAAUCUCAUGUUUUUACACUUGUAGGUAAUUAAAAUGCUUCUACAUAAACUCACUAUUUUCACUAUAUGACAAUGACCGUUCAACAAAUUCGUAUACGACUUUAAAUUUGAUUAGUGUGUUAAAAGACCUUUUGUAAAUGAAUGAAAAAUUCUUUUAUGCCCCUAUCACUAUUGGAUCAACGUUGAAGUCUAUUAGUAUCAAAUACUAAAUUGGUUCAUUAAUAAUUUAUUUUUCUUCAUCAAACUAAUCACUGCUUAACUGUUUUAGGUGACUAAAUCAUAUAAUACUGAACCCAUGCCGAAUCAUCCAAGUCCAACUCUAAUCCAUACAAACUUUAUCAAAACCAUUCAUCUCAAUGAAUCUCCACCGUUUAUUCAACCAAGUACACAAAACCUUAUCUCUUUGGCUUUCUAUGGAUGUCGAACCCCAUUCCCUCAUCCAACGCCUCCACUGAUUAGUCUCUCCUCCCCACCUUCCUCUUCUGCCUUCCGCCGCCGCCGCUUUCUCAAAUUGAUGGGUGGCAUGCGCCUCCUCCUCCCUCCUCGAUUCUCUCUGGUUCCCACCGCCUCGUCGUCGAGGGCACAAGUCUCAAACCCAUUCCCAAAUCUCAACCCCAUUCCCAAAUCUCAACCCCAAAUAUGAACAAACAAAAACCCCAAACCCAUUCCCAAAUCCCCAUCCAAAAUCAGGUUACCCAGCGUUCCCUUGCCGUCGCCUGGCUUCCCUUAGCCGGAGACGGAGAGAUGGCGGGAGGACAGGGAGACAGAGAUGGCAAGAGCACAACGGCGUGAGGAAGAAUAGUUUCCGACCUCAAGCGACUUCCGCCGCACUCCCUUGUUUCUCGGCGAGACUUAACGGCGAUGACGGAGACCGCAUCCAGGCUCUGGUCUCCCAGCUUCCAGCCACCUUCAGCAGGGGAGUCACUCGAUACUACGGAUUUGAACAGAGGAAAGAACUCAAGGGGACGCCCUCUGCUUUCUCCAGGCAGCAGCAAAGACCUGGGUAUCGAGAUCUUGGCGGAGGAAGGUUGCAGGAGAAGGAGCUGCGUCUGAGGAUUGAAUUGGGGGGUUUUUGAUUUUUUGUCAGUGUUGAAAUUUGAGAGUUAGGGUUUUUAGUGAAUGAAUUCCAUCGACUUGAGGGAGCUUCUAUUUACUUAGAAAUGACCGAGAUGUUGCUUUUAGUUUUAAGUGCUUGUUUAUGGUAUGCUAGUGGAAUUCAACCCGUCAAUUGCCUGUUAGGUUGGAAAGAUAUCCCUCGUUACAGUAGUUGAGAUUGGACUUUCACCUUCAAUGAAGUGAGUUGAAUUGCCUAACCUGCUUACUUUUCAUUCUAAUAUGAGAUUGUGUUUACAUGUGCACUUCUGUAGGCGAAGAAGAUGACUUCCAUAGGAGCUAGGAAAUAGGAAAUGCUCCAUGGACUACUAUGGAUGGAAGUUCAUAAAUCCUUGGCUUGCUUCUGCUCGAUUUCAGAAUCAAUUGAUGAUGCGGCACUUGCCUUCCAUGUUUAAUAUGCUUACAAGAGGUACUUUUUUCCCUCCCUUCUCUCGACCUCCAUCUGCCCUCUUUUGUUUUCUUAUUAUUGAUCUUGGUAGAGCUUGUUUAAUAAGCAGUUGUUGAUAACUCAAUAUGACUUAUACUUCUCUUUUUGUUGAAAUUACAGGUAGAUGCAUCAUUUAUUCAAAUGAUGUGAAGAUUGCUUGAAGAUACUAAGUAUAGGCUUGCUAACCAUUGAGAUCAUGUAAAUAUUCAGGAUGAUAAUUGUAUUAUGGAUAUGUGUAGGAGUAGAACACAAUAUUAUGUUUUGCCACUUUUCGUAAUAAGAUAUCAUUUUUGGA